UCGUCUGCUCGUCCGGUUGUUGUUUCUUCGUUGGGCUUUCGCGUCGUUGCUGAACGAGGAAUGCCUGAAAAAAUGUGAUAUUUUCUUGUCAAUUUAGCUCGGAAAUUUGAAAUAAAUUGUAGCGCAAAAAUAGAACGGCGUAUAAAUAGUCUGUGCGUAAUCGGUAUGUCGUCGUGGAGGGAGCCGCGAGAGUCAAGGCCAGUGGACGAUGCUGCUUUGCCACCGCUAGAAUUAAUAUUCGAGCUCAAGUGGAAGAAGCCUGGGAAAUCAUCGCUGUGCACCCAACACGAAGAUAUCAUUGCGAGGAUCGAAAUUCAGGACGCCUCUGACCCGAACUUGGACCUUCCGUCAUUUAAAUCAUACCUGAGCCAGUAUCUGGGUCUGUCAGGGGAUGUAGCUGUUAGCUAUGUAGACGGCGACGGAGACGAAUUACCAAUUGAUUCCGAAUGCGAAUUUUCAGAAGCACUUAAGUUUGCUAGGACUCAAGCCAAAGAAUCCAAGAACGUCCUGUUGCUGAUUGACGAAGUAGAAGGAACCGGCUUUUCUGAGAAAAGUGCUUCCAAGCGGUCAUCUUUGACUUCAAACAGUGCAGGCCUAAUUGUUUUCAAACCCCAAUUAUUACCAACUACUCUAAAAAACAAAAUGCCUAUAAUCCCACUGACUGCUCUCAUGGAAUACGAUAAGAAACCUGAUGGAAGUUGUACAUGCAGCACAACUUUGUCUACGGCAGCGCCUCCAGCUUGGUUCACAAUUUAUAUGGAAAUGUUCAAGAAUGAGAUUGUCCAAGAGGUGUCUAAGAAAGUUAUGGCAGAUGUCACGAUAGCAGUAAAUAAUGGUCGUUCGGAGCGAUGUCCAUCAUGCAGUCACUCCACAUCACAUUGUCGUACUCCACGCGAAUCAAAUGGCGAGGACAAGCAACAUCGUAAGAAGAAGAAGCGUGCUGACGAGCCUGUAGAAUCCAGCGACGCAUUCAGUUCUUCACAGCAGGCAGAUUUGCAACUUCUACGAAAAGUAAAGAAGUUCGAAAAUCGUAAGAAAAAUUUGCAGAAAAAGUUUGAACACAAGUUAGAACAACUCGAAAAGAUGACGCGGAACAUUUGGGAAACCAAAAAUCACAGUCAAAACUCUGCUGCAAUAGCAAAAAGCGUUGAGAAAACCUGCGAGAUUCCUGAAGCUGGUUCCUUUAUUGCUGCAGGCCCUGCUGUGCAACGCGAUUCCAAAAAAGCUGCAGUUACGAAUAUCACGCUCAGCAAUAAAGGUAGAAAUCGUAUGAAUUGCUCUGUAACAGGACAUGAAAUGCUUGAGAAACCAAAUUGCAAAGAUCUCGUGUACGAAAGCGAUUCUGAUAGCGACAACAUCAGCAUUAUCUCUGGAAUUAGUGAUAUGUCUGAUUUAGAACAUGAUUAUAACUUCGAAAUUGUCCAAACUCCUCCAUGUUUUAUUCUGGAUAAACAUCUGAGUAGUUGUGAAACUCAGAAUUUGAAGCUACUCCUGAACGAUCUAGAUAACGGUACUCUGGAAACACCGGUUAAAGAAAGCUAUGGUGCUAUGCAGGAAGUUGAAAGCGAUGGAAAUAAUAACAGAGACUCUCCCAGCUACGAAGUUCUAUCCGGUCCUGCAUCUUCUGCCUCGUCUAUCCACUUAGUCGAAGAUUAUUUCCACACGAGUGGCGCUGCCACUAAUUUGAUUAACCUGAACCAAGACGACCCCGAUACAAACAAUGGCUCUAUCUUUGUGGUUGAUCCGCAGGGUAAGGAUUCAGAUAAAAAUAUCGUGGAUGAAACAAACGAUUUGAGCGAAAUGUAUUUAGACAAACGACCCGGAGGUGCUUAUGCCUUUGUCAACGAAACUCUACCCAGUCACGCUACUAAAGAUACCUCUUCGCACAUGUCCAAGUCAGAGACAAAUGUGGAACAGUUUGGAGAAGAUCACUGCAAUUUGAAUUUGACCAUGAAGAGUUCUCAUCCGAGCUAUGAAACUAAAGAAAAAGUUCGCACCGACAAAGUAGAAACACCUACCAUGAGCCAGUCGCAUUCCACUUUUGAAUCUCAAACAUCAGACUCGCAGGGAGUGACCCAAGAAUCUACUCACAGCUUCAGUUCUCACACUUCUCAUGGCACAGGCAGCAGCGUUUAUAAUUUCACGCAAGCUCAGACAAGAGCCACGUAUCCUGUUCCAAAGUAUACCGUUUUUGAUAACAAUGCUUCGAAGGGCCUUCGAGAAAAGAAGUAUACCUGUCAUGAAAAUAAUCUUGGAGCAAGGGGCUGCCAGGGUAAGAAAAGUGAAAAAAGUAGCAAUUCCCAAGGCAAAUAUCAGCGUGUUAUUACGAGCGAAGGUACAGCCUGCGCAUUCACUGAGCAGCCACAAAAAACGAGCCCUAAAAGUGGUACUCGUGAGUCAUCCCCAGAGUUCGGUCGCGCGGUCUAUGAUUCUGUCCACAUAUUGCCUGAAACAUUGGUAUCCGGAGCAGUGACGGUCGCAUCAAGUGCCUACUCAACAGCACGCAAAGUAAUCGAGAGAAUUCGUAAUAUGCAAACGGGAGAACUCUACGACAACGUAGAGAACGGAGUAACGAUUAGCACGGAUGUCGAUGAAUAUUCUGCUGUACUGGAAGAAAUGGGUUUUACAAACAUAGAUUUGAACGCCCGACUUCUUCGCCAAUUCAACUACGACAUACCCAGAGUAAUCAGUGAGUUGGUUCAGUAAAAUUUUAUCUUAAGCUACCAGUGUUCGUAUACCGAACAACUAUGGCGUUACCGUUAUUAAUCUCACGGAUUAUUAUAGUGUGAAUUUUAAACAAUGUCGAUACGUAGAAACGAAAAAAAAAUUAUUCAUGAAUAAAAAUUAUUGAGAAACGUUGGAUAAAAUUGAACGAUUAAUGUGAUCGGUCCUAAAGAAAACGAAAUGGGUGAUUGAAGUUCAUAUUCAAUACAAAUCGAUUAGAAAAGUGUGAAGUAAAUUUUGUCUCUCCGCUGUUCUGAUAAAGCUGCUGACCCAUGCCUAGAAUUCAGAAUAAUAUUUUGAUACAGAAGAUGGUAUAUUGAUGAUAUAAUUGAAAUUAUGACAGAAUUCAUAGACUGCGAAUAUUGGCUGUGUUGAACCCUUAGUAAAAAUGAUUAUAAAGCGGAAGGAACAAAUUAAUGAAAUAAUAUACAGAAGAAUCAAUAUUGAAAAAAUUUAAUCAGAAGUUACUAUUCGGUUACCGAAACAGACGUAAUAAAAUAUGUUAAGGUGUCCUGAGGUUAAAUAUUAUUUAUCAAUAUAAUAAUCUAACGAACGAAUUCGUGAAAUUUUGGUUCAAUUUUUAAUACUUUUUUCUAUUAUUAUGAUUAUUUUUAUUAUUGACACUCUGCUUCACAAUCGAACAGAAAAUAUAAUUUGUUGCCCACUGCGCACCGGUAGAGGCAUAGCGUCUUUGAUUAUCGUAUCACCGAAUUUAGAGUAGAAUCAUAGAUAUAUUGAGCUAGAAAAAUAUUUACGAUUUAUCAAUCGAACGAAAAAAUUUUAUUCGAUAGUUGGAACAUAUAAUUAUAGCUGUAUAGCUGACACUCGACAACUGAGUGGGUCACAUGAAAAAAUCAAAAACAUCUAACUUAUAAAUGUUACAACAAAAAAAAAAUAAAAAAAACUGAACGAAAAAAUAUAUAAAGAGGAAAAUAUAAAUACAUUCAACAUACAUAUUUUGUGUCUUCUUGCUAGUAGCGAAGACGUUUAUCUUAAGUUGUGGUGGAUGUUUUAUGAUACUAUACGUAAGAUCCAUAUUGCGACAUGCAGAUUAAAUAAAAUAUAUUGUAUGGAAAAUGACAUGUAUUGAUUCGACAUAAUAAAGAAAAGAAACGAA